AUUUUUAUCGAUGUUUUACACACUUAUCAUUUUUCCUUGAUACUCGGCAGUCACAAGCGGCUAUUGUCUGAAGCGUAUGUAUAUGUAUAUCUGUGCAAAUCAUCUCGUAAGAGGACACACUGUUGCGCGAGGAAAAUUCGAUCUUUGGCUACUAAGUUGCCCUGAUUAUCGUGAGACACUCAUAUUGCAGGAAAAUGGCGAAUAACCGUUUGGAUAUAAUAAUAUUUGGUGCUACUGGAUACACUGGAAAAUAUGUAGUGAAGAAUUCGAUACACGUGUGCAAGGAACAGAAGCAGAAGUUUGGUAUUGCCGGUCGUAGAAAGGAAGCUUUAGAGGCGGUUGUUAAAGAAUUUGCUUCAAAUAUUGAGAAUGUACCUAUUAUUCUGGCUGACGUGCAAGAUGAGGAAUCUCUCAAAAAAAUGACAGAGCAAGCAAGACUACUUAUUAAUUGUUGUGGUCCAUAUAGACUUUAUGGAGAACCAGUUGUUAAAGCGUGCAUCGCUACUCAUACUCAUUAUAUCGAUGUCACUGGUGAAGAACAGUUUAUGGAGAAAAUGCAAUUGGAAUAUAACGAGGCAGCUAAAGAAGCUGGAGUUUACGUAGUGAGUGCUUGCGGAUUUGAUUGUGUUCCUAGUGAUUUGGGGAUCCUUUUCACUCAGGAGAAAUUUGGAGGAGAGGUCAAUGAUGUUGAAGUAUACAUGAAGUUGUGGUCAACCAGCACUGACAACAAAGGUCCGUAUUUCAAUUAUGCAACUUGGGAGUCCGCAAUAUAUUUUCUGUCUCAUACAAACGAAUUACAACAAUUACGCAACAAAUUGUAUCCCACUAAACUGCCUGAAUUCAGGCCGAAAUUAAAACCAAGAAUUAUGGUGCAACGAAAUAAUGAUGUGUCUGAAGGAUGGUCUAUACUGUUACGGGGUACCGAUCGUCCACUAAAUCUUCGUACACAGCGAUUCUUGUACGAGAAAUACAAAGAGAGGCCUGUGCAAGUUCAAGUUUAUGUUACGUUUACGACUCUCCUUGGCUUGUUGAAGUUCCUCAUUGUUGGGAUGAUGGCUACUAUUUCGGCUCCCACAGCGUGCGGUCGUAAGUUACUUUUGAAACACCCCUCCCUAUUUACAUUGGGUUUUAUCACUCACGAAAAUCCGAAUCCGGAAGUGUGGAAAUCGAUACGAUUUUCUGUGACGAUCAAAGCCCGUGGAUGGACCGAAAAGUUGACCGGACCUACCGACAAACACACAAAUCCACCGAAUAAGACAGUAAUCACCAGAGUUUCCGGUGUGUCUCCUGCAUACGAAGCGACCAGUAUUAUGGCGAUCUUAUCGGCAAUAACCAUCCUUAAUGAGGCUGACAAAAUGCCUGACAACGGAGGCGUGCUCACUCCUGGUGCUGCAUUUGGUAAAACAUCUCUGAUUGAACGAAUGAAUAAACAUGAUAUUAAAUUCGAGGUGAUAUCGUCUACUGUGAAAUAGAGACAAAUACAAAAGUUCUCUGCAAUUUUCACCGACAGGAUUCUUUUUAAUACACUUUUAUUAUUUGACUUUGAUACUAACAGUUUUACAAUUUGUUGGGUAAUGGAUCUGCAAUACACAUGUUUCAAGAUAUUUUAAAAGUAAAUCAUUUAUAAGAUAUACUUGUA